ACUUCUUGCACUUUUUUUCCACCAAAAAAAUCCAUUAACAGAUAGGAAUGAGCAGAUAGGCCCAGUUUAUUGACAAAUCCAAUGUCCCUUCUCUUGUAAGUUUGUUCCUUUCUUUAGAUUUCUCUCUCUCUCUCUCUCGCUUCCUCCCUCGCUCGCAGGUCCCAGCAGGCAGCCAGCAGAUCCAAAUCUCCAAUUUCUUUGCCGUUUCUUCUGCUUCCUGAAGAUCCAAGCUUUUCGUGGGUGUUCAGCACUACCCAUUUUGUCUCUGUCCUCUUCUGUAUGGGUCAUUCGGUUCUUCUUCUGAUCGCUCUUCUUUUUGCUUUCUCUCCAUUGCCAAGAAGCUAUAACUGUUGAUUAAUGUGUCAAUUCAUGGUGGGUUUUUGACGAAGGGGUUCUGAGAGUGAUUUCAGAUUGAGGCAACUUUCCAAAUUCCAUAAUUACCAGGCGCGAAAGUAAGUAUGCAGUGUACAAGCUUCCUCCAAGGAUGCUCCUCCAGUAGAGAUGUUAACGCAGGUGCUAACAAUGGUGCAUGGCUAUAUAAUGGCAAUACGAGCUUGACAACUGGGCAUUUAUAUAAUGUUUCCUUGCCACCACCAAGUACAGACCUGUUUGUGGUCAAUGACAAGGACCUGUUGAGGCAGACAAUGCUGAGGCAUGAUAUCAUAUUUAGGGACCAGGUCCGUGAACUCCACCGCCUUUACAGAAGACAAAGAGAGUUGAUGGAUGAAUUUAAAAUGAGAGAGCUAUCCAAGCAAAAGUUGCAGCUGCAGGCACCUCACUCCAAUUCUUUUCUGCCGGAAAUUUCUUCCAAGUCUGCCCAGUGUACAUGGCAAACCCCUGGCUUACCUUGGGUGCGUCUAGCUGCUUGUAAAUUAUCUACUUCAAGUUCUGAAAACUUCCAAUCAGUUUCUUCCAAGUGGAGCAGCAGCCAAGCAGGUCCUUGCACUGCUCAAGAUGAAGAUGGUUUAAAAGAAGACCUCAAAUUGUCAGGACCCAAAUUGGAGAAGCCGAGAAGGAAAAUGUUGGACCUUGAACUUCCACCAGAUGAGUACAUUAACAGUGAAGAGGAGGAUCAUCCUGGAGAUGGUAAGCUUUCUAAAGUUCCCGAGCUGCCAUAUUAUCCACCAGAGAGAAUGCCAGGAAUUUUGCUGAAGAAAGAUUUAAAACCAUUUCCUUGUGAUGUGCUUGUGAACUCCAGUUCCCAAGGAGGUAUUUCUGCUCCUGAUUUUUUUUCUGCGAGCACCAUUAACUUAGCUGACUUGAAUCAAAGUGUCAGGAGCGUAGGCACGUUGCCUUCAAAUUCUGCUAAUCUUUCAGGCCGUGAUACCAGUCACAAGGGGAUCCAAUGCCAGGACCAAGAGAUGUCUAGAUUAUCGAAUUUGGGCUUCCAAGUUUUGUCGAAGGAAAUUGUCUCUAGUGUCCAGAGUAAAACCAUUGUCGAAGCUUGCAUAAAGAGUGCGUGUAGUAGCAGAAAUAUGACUGGCUUAGGUGCUGGUGUCUACCCACUUGCAACGGGAUUUUUCUCAGGCAACCAGUCAAGAACAGAUGCUUGCUUUCCAUUGGUUGGUUCUAAUCACUUGAACCCCAGUAGUGCCAUUGGUUCUAGUGGCAGGAAUUUGAGUUUCGUAACCAUGGACUUGAAUGUUCCUCCUAUCUGCUUGCUAGGCUCAGAAGUCUAUCCAGAAAAUUUUGGGACUGAAGAUGGAAAGCUUGAAGAGUCACAAGUAGCGUUCUACGGGCCUAGUGAAAAGAUCGAUCGCACUAGCAAACCUAAUAGGGGAAGAGAAGAUUCAUCCCAAGCGGAUCUGGUAUUUUCACAAGUUUUUCCGAUAUCAGCAAGUGGUGUCGAACCGAAGAUGCUUACGGCCACUGACUAUGUAGUCAAGGAAAAUAUCCUUGGGUCUUCCAACCAUAAGAAGCCUCAUGUUUCCCCUGACCAGGUUGUCCCGGUUGAGUCGGCUUCCAUUGAUUCACAUCCAUAUGCAUCAGAAGACGGGGGCAUUGAAAGCAAUCAGAAAACUGGAUUGCCUCAAGCUAAGCUGGCUAGACAUCCUUUUUCUAACAAUAUGUCUUUAGAGGCUAUGGUUGAUGGCAACCUUUCAAGGGUUCAAAAGCAAAUUGACUUGAACUCGAGCAUACAAGAAGAGAAGUCUUCACCCAACCUCUCCAUUCAGAGGCUCAACACCAAAGCAGUGGCAGAAAUAGAUCUUGAAGCACCUGUUAGUCCAGAAAACAAGGAGUGUUCCCCACCUAGAGGAGAAUCUGAGAACCAAAUUGAGAUGCCUAUCGAUUUGUCAAAGAAGGAAGACAGGACCUCGAAGGAUGAACUUGUCAGUGGGGCAGCUGAGACGCUAGUUUUGAUUUCAACGACCAGAUUUCAAAACCUAUUGACAGAAAACAAUAUUUGUGAGACAUUAGAAGGUUCUCUUGCUGACUCCUUGCAAUGGCUUGCUGGGGUAAUUUCUUCAACAGCCGAUGGGCUUGGGAGUGAGGUCAGAAUGAGUCUAAGCAGUGAGGAUGCUGGUGAUCAGCACGAACUUUCAUCUGACGGGAGCGAUUACUUUGACACCAUGACGGUAGAGCUAACCGAGAUGAAGGUGAAAGAGUAUUGUUCCAAGAAUAGUGGACAAGAAGAGGAAGGAACAGCUGCAAAUGCAUCAGAGAGGCUGCCAAGGAGGGUCCACAUAAAGAGGGGGAGGCAGCGGAAGGACUUCCAAACAGAAGUUCUGCCUUCGCUUGCCUCUCUCUCGAGGCACGAGGUAACCAAGGAUCUUCAAACAAUCGGAGGGCUGAUGGAGGGCGCAGGAUCUCCUGCUGAAACAAGUUCGGGAAGAAGAAAUGUGGCCAGAAACGGGGGUUCACGAGCAAGGAGGCGAACGACUAAUUCCUUUCGUCACAGCAUCGAGAAAGCAGAAUUAUCGCUUCUGAAACAAGAAAACAACGAUGGCAAGUUGGCUCUGGGAGAAGGAAGGCUGGAAGGCUGGGGGAAGAUGAAUCGGCGACCGCGAGGGCCAAGGAUUCCGGCAAUCAUCAAUCCUCCAGUCAUAUAUUCAGGUGAUUGUGUUGUUGGUGAGUGAUUUAGGGGACAUUAUCUUUAGCUCACCCACCCACCAUAGAAGAGGAGGGAGAAAGAAGAGCUUCUGUGAGUUCAUUUCUGAGAUAUGGGAUUGCAUUAUAUAAUGUACAGUCAUCUUAGGCCAACAUUUUCUUUUUGGGCCUUGUUGAAUUGUUGUCUAGAUAGAUGCCUCUAUUUAGUUUUCUAGUUUCCAUUAUAAUUGAAAGAGAUUGAGAUGGAGAAAGUUGCAGUGUCAUCUGCAAUUUUUGCCCCCUUUUAACUGGAAUAUAAGGGAAAUGAAGGACAGCUUGUCCUUGUCUUGGGGGGAUCCAAAAUUCUUACAGAUCAAUGGGGAAAUAUGUUGGCCAAAGAAAAGUGGAAAUACUGACCUAAGUUGGUAGAAGAGAAUGUUUGGAGUUGUUUCUGUUGAGUUAAAGAGAUGUCAAAUGAAUCGGUGGUUGGUCGGGUCCAAUUAGGUUAAGAGU